AAUUAUUCCGUCGAAUUUCUAUGAUGCGUAUCAAUAUUUUUUGCUCAUAGAACAAGUGAUACACAUAAAAAAACUUGGAUUUAUCAGCUCGGAAGUACUUGGUUUGUAGUAGGGGAAAAUCCAAGCUUGUGGUAAAAAGUCGAACAUUCCCGACUUAUUAUUAGUGUUAAAAAAAUGUAAACAGUGUCUUCCUAAUACAAUAGUAGUAAAGUAUUUUUCACCAAUAAAUGACCAAUUAUUAAAAGUAAUUUUUCUAUCUAUAAUAACUCUUAUCAAAUGAGAGAUAAGCAAUAGUAAAAACGUUUUAUUAAAUGAAAUCACUCAGUGAUAAGUUAUAGGUAAAAGAAUUAAAUAAUAUAACCUAGCGCCUUUAUUAAUGAAAAAAUUAAACAAUGGAUCGUACACGAAAGCACAAUCAUUUAGACAUAUCAGAAAGUGGAACGUAUGCGUACUUGUCAAUUUGUUCUAUUUCUCUAUCAGAGCUGUUUCCUGGUGAAUGGAACCACCAAUUCAACAUAAAAUACAUAAAAGGUCUGUGCGAGUACCUGAAUGCUCCUGAAAAAGUAUCAGCUGUGAUGCUGGUCUUGGUUGACGGUAACUCUGGACAUACGGUUGAGCCUUACAUUGAACUUUUACUCCAAGAACCAAAUUUAAGUAAAAAGCCUAUUCUAAUUGUCCAAGAUGCUGUACUUUAUGCUGUACAAUGUGGAAUGAUAUCAGGUGAAUAUGACGCACGACAGAGAGUCCUUGCUCGUCGAUUAGCGGAAUUAUUAAAUGUUCCAUUUGAUUUGAUAGAGCUGUAUGAACAUUCAUUGGUUGAAUUAUUGAGUAAAGAUGAUACCGAUCGUGCUGAAGAAAAUGACGCAGAAUCAAAGAGACGGGACAAGAUACGUAAAAUAAAACGGUAUACGUCAAUAGGAAUAGCAACGGUUGCAGGAGGUACGUUAAUAGGACUAACUGGUGGUUUAGCAGCUCCAUUCAUCGGCGUAGGAGUCGGAACAAUCUUGGGAGGUGCAAGUGCAGCUGCAUUGACAAGUACUGCAGGUGUAGCAAUAAUAGGUUCAAUCUUCGGAGUCGCGGGUGCUGGACUAACUGGCUACAAGAUGAACAAGAGAGUAGGAAAAGUUGAAGAAUUUAGUUUCGAGCCACUGUCACGCUUCUGUAAUACGGACCAGCAGUUGCACGUCGCGAUAGCUGUGACAGGUUGGUUGAAGAAUCAGGACAUCGAUAACGUGAGAAAACCCUGGAAGUGUUUGGCUAUUUCUCGGGAACAGUACGCGCUGAGAUACGAAACCAAGUAUUUAAUUGAAAUGGGGCAAGCGCUAGAGUACAUACUGAGUAUGGCGGUAUCAUUUGCUACCCAGGAAGCUCUUAAAUACACUAUACUCGCGGGAAUAAUGAGCGCAAUAGCUUGGCCAGCUGCUUUGCUAUCAAUCGCUUCAGUGAUUGACAAUCCUUGGUCUGUUUGCUGUCGCAGAAGUUCUGAAGUUGGUAAGCAUCUUGCUCAUGUCUUGCUUUCAAGGGAACACGGCAAACGACCAGUUACUUUGAUCGGGUACAGUCUUGGUGCUCGGGUUAUUUUUUACUGUCUCAGAGAAUUGGCUGAGGUCGGAAACGCCGAAGGAAUAAUUCAAGACGCCAUCAUGCUGGGCGCUCCGGUGACUGACAAAUCUACUCAGUGGGAAAAAUGCUCGCGGGUCGUCGCUGGUAAAAUUAUCAACGGGUACUGCAACGCUGAUUGGCUUCUUAGAUUUUUGUACCGCACUUUGUCCAUGGCCACAGGUGUUGCUGGUCUUGCGGAAGUUAAGUGUCCAAGGGUCACCAAUAUCGACCUCACCAGCAUUAUUUCUGGACAUACUGAGUACUCGGAUAAAUUGGUUGAAAUAAUGGAAUUUGUUGGUGUCAAAACCCGGUCUGCUGAUGUUCUAGAUGACGAAGGCGUCUUGAAAAAGUCUACGUCUGAUUACACUGAAAUGGGACGUUCUCGUAAAAGUACUUACAGUAACACGAAGCUUAGAAUCAGAGCUUCGAAAUCCGAUGAGUGCCUCAAUAUCCUUCCAAUGUGAAUAUUUUUAUAUAAUUGUUUUUAUAGGUGACCAUCUUUUAUUUCUCAUGCAAUAAUUAGGGUAGAAGUACCGGUUUUGGUCAUUUUAGGACCAUUUUUGGCCACUUGAUAUUUUCGUUAAUUUGUAAAAAAUUUAACUAUUCAAGUAGAAUUUUUAUAGAAUUUAUGGAUUAGUAACUUUAUACAAAUUGAAUUCAUAACGUCUUGCGCUUAUAGAAAUAUUUAUACAAUAAUUUGAAAUUAAAGUGGCCAAAAAAGGUACACUAGCCACAAACGGUACUUCUACCCUACCUACGACAAAAUUUCUCAUCAAUAAUUUCUUGUGCAAUAUUUUAUCAUAUCUUCAAAUAUAUUUUCUCAUACAAAAACU